AUGCCCAACCCGAUGGUCAAGCUGGACUUGUGGCGGCGGCAAGAGCCGCCCGAACCGGCAAAGAGCAAGCGCAUGAGCAUGCCCAAGACCAGAAGCGGCAACUCGUCUCGCCCGCUCGUUCCCUCGAGCGGCGGUCAUCGGCUGGUCCGUGUCCUGGACCCCUCCAUCACUUUCAUCAAACCCUGGGAGGUCCCCUACUUUGACAACUUCCGCCUCAACGUUGUGCCCCAGCUUCGGUAUGGCCGUGUCGAGUUCUGGCGCAGGACGGUCCUGCGGGAGAGCGUUCACGAUGAGGGCAUCCGCAAUGCACUGCUAGCGCUAGGCGCCCUUGGCCGCGUGCAUGAGCAGCGGAAUCUGAGCAAGGACUCGGCUAAUGGCACCACCGCUGUUCCCCUGUACAAAAGCCGCGUAGAAAUCCUGACCAACGCGGGCAGCGGGCGGGUGGCCCUCAACCACUACUACCAGGCAUUAGUGCAUCACUCGAAGGCCAUCAACGCCUUCCGGCGGCUGCUCGCCUCGCCCUUAAACAAGCACACUCCGCGGUCCAUCCUCAUUGCGACCGUUCUCCUGGUCGAGUUUGAAAGCUUGCAAGGCAACACCGAAGCCGCGGACCAGCUCACGGCUCGUAGCCUGUCACUGCUAUAUGGGAAGAUCCUGCACGGAACUCUUGGCACCAACGAGACCGGCAGGAAUGGUCACGAGACAAGCUCGCUCAUUGCUGCCGCCCUCGAUGAUGAAGGUGUGGCCGAGGUCGAGACAAACCUGGUGCUCAAGACGUGCCUCAACGCAGCCUUCUCCGCGCUGUAUCCCAAGUCGCAAGAGGUUCUGCUCACCCUAUCGAUCCGUUCCCUCCUCCAGUUGCCGAUGCCUCCUGACCCAGACGCAAGCCAGGCAACGUUUUCGUUGCAUUGGACUCGAUGCCUCGCGCUUGUCUGCCUGUGGUACUUCCGAACCCACAUAUCAAUGCUGGUGGCGCAGGAACAGGGCGAUGGACACAGCACCUUUGAUACUGGCCACUUCGCGACUGAGCAUCGUCACGAACAGCUGGCGCUCAAACACGGCCUCGAGGCCUGGCAGGCGGCCAUGCGGGAACGGCUCGCACAAUACGAUAGCGGUGCCACCACCCCCAUAAUGAAGACGGAGAGCGAGGAGUAUGUCGCGGACUGCAACAUAGCCAUCGCCAUCUACGGGAGCUACUACUCCGUGUGCACCGUCUUCGACGUCUCUGGCAAGUCGUGGGACGACUACGAGUCCGCGACCCACGAGCUGCUCGACCAGUGCGAGAGAUGCAUCAACAUGACGGCAGGAAUCAGGGGCUUCAGCAACAGCAGGUCGGCCUCCCAGGACGCGAUGCGCGACCAGGGUGUCAUCCACGAGGGCGCCAUGCCCAUCGUGACGCAGAUCGCAAACGUGAGCCGGCAUCCCGGCCUACGCCAUCGCGCCAUGGAGCUCUGGGGCCGCAUGAUCAACAGUGACACGCACUGGGACGUGGUGGGGACGUAUCUCGGCUCCAAGGCGGUGGUUAAUCUCGAGGAGCAGCACAGGGAUCCUGAGAACGGUGACAUCCCGCUCGAAAAGCAUUUUGCCGACGUCUCCAUGGAAGCACUGGCCGCUCUUUCACUGGCCUGCAACGUCCUGCAGCUGGUUGGCACUGGGCUUAGGGCGACUGCUGCGCUCCAGCGCAUUCGCGACGAGCACAAGCCCGAUGCUAGCCUGAAGACCAAUGCGACUGUCCUGCGGCAGCUUUCCUACGAGGUUGGGCAAUCGGUCAAAGCACACAAGUCCGGCCCGGACCCAAGCGAUGAUAGACUCUUGAGCCGUGCUCGGGAUAUCAUCUGCGUGUCGCAAGAGCUCGAGCAGAUGCUCGAACGGUUCUCAAGUGGCAAGAAAAGCAGAGUUUGGAAUACAUUUAGAUACGUGCUCAAGAAGGAUGAGAUUCAAGGACUCGAGAAGCGGCUCCAAGAGACCCAACAGGCCCUCCAGACAACUAUCCUCGUCGAGAUGCAGCAGACGGUGAAGAAAGAAUGGGCCGUCAUCAGCACGGAGUUGCCCUGCUUGAAAGUCGAGCUCCAGGCACUGACCACAGGCCUUCACUCGGGUAACACGGAUCCAGCGAGCCUUGUUUCGCUGAUGGAGCGGUCCCUGCAACAAACGCUGAUGGCCAUUAGCGACAGCGCCGCCGCAGCCACGAAGGCAGCCACAGAGGUCCGUGACAAGCUGGAUGAGCAUGGCAAGGAAGCUACCCGCAUGUAUCAUGACGAAAAAGAGAAGGCUGCGACACAACGACUCCUGGACAGCCUGUACUUUGCAUCCAUGAACGAGAGGCGCAACAUGAGCUCCCUCGACUCUUUCCCGGGAACAUUCGAAUGGGUUUUCGACAGCAAGUGUCGCCGCCGGAAGAAUCCUUGGCAUGAUGAGAAUAAAUGUGCGAUGUGCGCUGCGACCGAUACGCUGCGUUCAUGGCUCGUGAGUGGAGAGCAGAGCGUAUUUUGGAUCAGUGGCCACGCGGGCACCGGCAAGAGCACGCUUGUGAAUUACCUGAUUCGCCAAAUUGCGGACAAUGGAGGCUCCCUGCCUGGGGGAUCUGAGGAUGCGCAACACCUCGUGCUAUCUGCCUUCAUCUGGAGCUCUGGCGACGAAAUGCAGAAAUCGGUGAAGGGUCUCCUGUGCACGCUGCUCCACCAAACCCUAAGUCAUCUACACGAUUUAGGACAGAGACCACCCAGCAGCAAACCCUCGUGGCCUAGCAAAAAGUCACACGCGGACUGGAACGAGACAGAGAUCCGCUCAGCGCUUUCUGCUACAUUACACGAGCUGAACGGCACUACAUAUGUGUUUGUGGAUGGCCUGGACGAGAUACAACCGGGUCGCGCAGACGACCUGCUGGGCCUGCUCAGCACGCUGCAGGAGCUUGGCAGGAUCAAGAUCUGCGUGUCGAGUCGCCCCGAGCCUAUCUUUGAACGAUCCCUGCAACGGUUUCCGCAUCUGAGACUCCAAGAUCUGACACACAAUGACAUUUUCAGCUACCUUGAGCGAAAGUUGGGCGACGACCUGCGCUCGCUGCCGGGCUCAGAUGAUAUGAACCACAAUCCCGACGCGGUCAUUCAGCACCUGACCUAUCAUGCAUCUGGGGUCUUCCUCUGGGUAGAACUGGUAGUCCGCAGCCUUAAAGAGGGCAUCACGAAUUACGACACCUGGGAGCAAUUGUGGGCGAGGAUCAAGGACAUCCCAGAGGAUCUCGAAUCUCUGUACGGGUCGAUGCUGCGACGCCGCGGAGCGAACAAGACACCGUAUCACAACUCUUCAGCGACCUUUUUCGCGCUGAUCCUUGCGCAUGGCAACCUCGAGUUGAACUCGCUCGCCUUUAUUGCGCUAUACAGCGACAGGGCCCUGAGGCAUGCUCAUCAGGACAUCAGGUUGCACCACAAAACGGCCGAAGCACUGUAUCAAGGCGUGGAUAGAGUUCGCGAGCAGAUGCGCGCGCAGUGCGGAGGGCUGCUGGACCUCGGGAGAGGCGGCGUGGACCCCUGGAGCACUGCUCUUCUGGGGGUCUCAUUCAUCCACCGCACCGCACGUGAUUUCAUGCUGGACAAGGGUCGUGACCUGUGGCAACACGCGCAACUGGACUGGGCAGUCUGCAUCGAAGCCAAGCAUGCCCUGUACAGCUUGACGUAUAACAUACGGCCAGUCGAGCUGUGGGCCGAACCUGGUUUUCACGACAUGGACAUGGAGUUGCUCGGAUGGUGCGCAUGCUACGGAGUCGAGGAAACAUGGGGCUAUGAUUGUCGAGACAAGAUCCUCGACUUCCUGGCGCAGGAGAUGGUCAGGAAAUCGUACUGGGACCGCGACAGGCGCAACCCCGCCGUGCUCGCGACGUUUAGCAACGUGCAGCUUCCGGGGCACUGGAUCGACAAGUGGGCGCCCACAGGCAUGUCGCGUAACAAAUUCCUGAACCAGCUGCUCCUCUGUGCCUCAGAGGUGGAGUACCAGAAACAUCGGGUGCAGAUCGGGUUGGAGCUGCUCAGAUCUGGCGCCGAUCCCCACUGGCGAGACAAGGACUCUGCCAGAGGUACCAACUGGCCCACGGCUUUUACCCUCAUGAUCACCAACUUUGCGACGCACACAUAUGACGCCAACGCGGACCUGGUUGCUGAGGUCUUGGAACAACAUGGCCUCGGUCCUGCCGAAGAAAUCACGGUGCUCUGGGGUAUGGUGCCCAACGUCAAAAGCGAGUUCGGCGAUUACCAACUUGUACUUGCUGGGCCGUUCAACAGGGGUAAAGGUCUGGCGCCAAUACAGUGCUCGCCCAACAGGCCGCGAGCUGCUGGCGUCUCUUGGUGUCUGUUAUCACGUAUGACGACGGCAGUCUAUCUGCACCUGGCAAUGUACGGGCGUCUCCCUGACAAGCGCCUCUCAGCAGAGUUCGAGGCAAGACAGCCGCUCUUCCGCAAAAGUCUCGAGUCCGACGGGUCAGACGGAGAUCGAUCGACGCAUAUCCUUGGCUGUGUUGAGUUCUCCGGCAGCCGCGAGACUAAGGUGGGAUUGAUUGAUCAUGGCGUCAAACUAGACGUCCGGCUUGCACUCGGACAAGCUUUCCCUUGUAGAGCAUCGGUGAGGCAAGAUCUUGCAGAACUCUGGAAAAGGAUAGAUCCUCUGGCUGCCGCAGCUCGCAAAAUGCCAGGCAAGAUGAAUAGAUGUGACACCAUGGACUGGCUUGCCGCGUGUGGCUUCCCGGAGGACACGCGGGACGAAUGGUGGGAGAACCAAUGGAGAUUGUUGAAUGUCUGA